AAUGAAAGGCGGUUCACGGGGUUUUACAUAUUUUUUGGGGGGAAAAAAAUAGGAACCGAGGGCUACAAUCUCUCCAGAACGACUUUAUAAUUUUCAUUCACUUCAACAUGUACCUCGACGAUUAGAACAAUUGGCUGGAAAUCAAAACACCGCGUGUUGCGUGCACACAUGAUUUUUCUUCCUUUUCUAACCUCAAUUGAAAUUUAGGUACCGUAUAUUUCAACAGUACAGAACAGUGCGCCGGUCGUAUUCUCGCUCGUUUGUUCUGUCCUCGUAGUUCUGUUUUAUAAAUUACUCCAAUCGGCACAUCUUCAUCGACAAAAUCAGAAAUAAUAAAAAAAGGAAAAUACCAAUAACUCCCCAAAUGGGCAGGAAUUUCUGAGCAUUGGAAUAGCAAAUUGCUCCAUUAGGAUAAAAUUCAUCGUGACUGGAUAAUGGGAACUGUUCAUGCCAAGGAGCCUAGUGGAUCGAAAAACUAUGGAGACUUCGCCUCAGACCCUUUCUCGUCAAAUUCUUCAUAUGAAAAAAGCUGGAAUCCAGACGUUCCUUCCCCUCAACCCCCUGAGCAACCCUACGCGAUAGACCUCCACCAACGUGCGAGAGUCGACAAAGUCCACAUCGACGGCCUAAAACGCACGAAAGACGACAUAGUGAAAGCCCAAGUGAAUGAGCUCUUCAAAGCAAAGGACUUCUACGACGUAAUCGAGAAUGUGCAACGAGUGAAGUCCAAGCUGGAGACCCUGGGCUGUUUCAACAGCAUCGGGGUGUCCAUCGACACGAGCAAGGGUCCCGAUGCCACCCCCGAGGGGGUAGAGGUCACCUUCAACGUCAAGGAGAUGAAAAGAUUGAGUGGAGGGGUCAGCACAAUGGUUGGAAAUAACGAGGGAUCACUUCUCAUUCAGGCGAAAGCCCCGAAUAUUCUUGGUAGGGGUGAGAAACUGCAGAUGGAGUAUUCUUAUGGCACCAAGAGUACCAGUAAUGUCAACAUAUCGGCUGUUAAGCCAUUUGUUGAUGAUUGGCUGCACAAAGUAUUAACCGCGAGUGUAUAUACAACAGCGACAGAUGUGCCCUGGUCCGGCUACAAAGAGAAAGACCACGGGUUUCUUCUGGAUCUGGGCAUAACCCCUGGCCUCCUAAAACACAAUUUCCAGUAUGAAGCCUCGUACAGAGACAUAAUCGCUGCAAAAUCAGCCUCAUUUCACGUUCGCGAACAGUGUGGACCGAGUUUAAAGUCAGCAUUGAGACACAUCUGUUCGAUUGAUAAAAGGGAUGACAAAGUAUUUCCGACCAGUGGAUCACUGGUGCAGUUCACCACUGAAUUAGCUGGACUAGGUGGAGACAUUGGCUUCAUGAAAUAUGGGUUCACAUUGCAGAGCAAUUAUACACCUUUUGAUUUCAUUAGCUUUCAACUCGGUGCACAAGCUGGAUUCCUCCGUGGAAUCAGCAACGACAUGCAGAUCAACAUAGCCGACAAUUUUUUCCUCGGGGGUCCCAUGAACGUUCGUGGCUUUGCCAUGAGAGGCUGUGGCCCCAGGAACGAGGGUAACGCCAUAGGUGGCAACACAUUCUGGGCCCUUGCCCUUCACCUCUACACACCACUGCCAUUCAGGCCGGGGAAGAAUAGCUUUGGCGAGUUGUUCAGAUUACAUGGGUUUAUCAAUGGUGGAAACUUGGGGAAUAUCAAUCUUCAAAAAGAUGGUGAUUACUCUCAAAACAUGAGACUCUUCACAGACAACGUGCGAUGGUCAACGGGUGCAGGAAUAGCUAUGAGAAUAGGGGGGAUAGCCCGAAUCGAGUUGAACCUAGUGUACCCAUUAUCACUGACCCGACUCGACGUUUUCCAGCAGUAUCAAUUCGGCAUUGGGCUCCAAUACUUAUGAACUCCCCUCGUUACCAGAUAGUGCUUGUACAUUUGACAUAUUUUAUUCCGAUGAGAAAGAUAUCAGAAAAAUACAAAACACCAUUUAAUCUCAGGACACCAUCGGGUUGUUAUCAUCACAUGUUUAGAAGAAUUAUUUUGAAUAAAAAGAGAAAGAUCAAAUCAA